GUAAUCCUUUCAAGCAAAGCCACUUAAUAUUCCAUCCUGCAGGCCGUAUUCUUCCCCCAAGAUAUAUUGUUUGUCUAUCUUGCACCAUGAUUCUGGGAGACUUCUCUGCUUGUAUAUUCAUGGAUGGCCAGGAGCUUCCAGAGUAUGAUAUCGUCGUUUCCAGUACGCCAACAGAGAACAGAAUAACGUGUUGGAUCGCGUCAACUGCAGGCAAGAAAUUUCAAGUCAGCGCGAAAUUUUUAGCCCGGCAGACCUCGGGAGCCUUAUUAACCGUCUUCGUUGACGGUAUUACCUGUCGUCCAUACGUCAUGCCUCCGGGCUGGACUGGUACACAGAACAUAACGCAUCUGAGCAAUAGUUAUGUUAAAAGAGAUUUCAUGUUCUCCCAACUUGAGCUUACUGAUGACGACUCAAUGCUCGAUGAUCGAAGCGCAAAUGAUAUAGGUCAAAUUAUGAUGGAGGUAGUGCAGGGGAAGUACACCAUGAAAGAACAAGUAAUGGGUUCCCAGAACGUGAACGACCGUACCCUUCGUGUGCGGGAAGGCAAGGUGCAUGAACGCGCCAAGAAGGCAUGCCCUCAUCGUGUUGUCUUCGGAGAAGAAGUACCCGAUCAAAGCCCAGUAUCAGCCUUCAAGAUUAUACCAGACAAUAGUCCAAAGACUGUCUUCGUAUUCAAGUACACGCGCUUGGACAUCCUGCAAGCAAUGGGAGUAGCACCACGUACAUCAAUCAUGGCAGACACAGAGGCAGAGAUGGAGGAUCAUGACGAUGACAAUGAAGUCAUGGAUGGGUCUGAUGAGUCCUUGCCCUCAGAUGAUGUCAAACCACUGGCAAGGAUUCGAGAGCUAGAGAUGGAGCUUCAGCGCUUGCGUGCACAAGUAGAAGAUCGGAAGCCCUCGCUUGUCAAGUUGGAACACGGGGGAUCGCGACGGAAACCCGCUGCUAUGGAGGUUAUUGAUCUCACUGAGGAUUAGCUUCUCUUUUCUUGGGUUCAGGUCCUCCGUUCUGAGAUGAAACACGCUACAUCAAUAGUUUCUGUGUGGUUCGAAAUCAUCAUCACUAUGAUGUAUGUAUGUACAUUGUAUAGGUGCAGAACUUUGAAAGUCUGUCGCCACGAGUCCUGACGUUACGCUUACGACUCGAAUAAUACUUUCUUGUACCGUUAGUACUACGCCUUGUUCUAUAACCACUGUAUAAUGACAUUCCAAGUCGUAUAUAGACUUCAUAUAAUAACAGCUCGCACUCCGAGGUUUCAGAAGUUCAAA